AUGGCACCUCCGGAAAAAGAUGAUGGCGGCCGCAAAAAGAAAGAAUCGAUCGUCGAUUUGUCUCGCUUCAUCGACAAGAAAGUUCGCGUCAAAUUUCAAGGUGGUCGCGAAGCUAUGGGUGUUUUGAAGGGAUACGAUGCAUUGUUAAAUCUCGUGCUCGAUAACGCUGUCGAAUAUUUACGAGAGUCUACCGAUAGUGAAAAGAUUGGUGAGGAAACUCGAUCGUUGGGAUUGAUUGUGGGACGAGGAACAGCGAUAACGAUUAUAGCCCCUGCUGACGGUGUCGAACAAAUCGCGAAUCCUUUUGCAAAUCCCGAUGAA